UGUUCUUUGUGUGCCAUGAGUGAGUGCAGAUUGACUGUGCCUGCUGCCCCUACAGUGGUGGAGCUAUGUGGCUAUGUGGAAGAGUCUCUAAAUAAGUCUAAAACUCCAGUAUCAUCAGACAAGAAGAAAAACCUCUUCAGUUAAAAGCUUGAUAGUGUGAAAUUACUCCACACAAAAUAUGUCAGCUUUCCAACAAGCAUUUAAAGAUCCUAUUGUCAAGAAACUUGGAAAAGUUGUUGCCAUAGGAGGAUUUCUAACUAUUGGAUUUGGGCUUUACGUAGAAAGUAAAAUACGCUCUAGUUUCACCAAAGCACAAUAUUUUCAGCGUUCAUUGGAAAUUAUACAUUCAAAUAAAAAUCUGAUAACCUAUUUGGGGCCACCAAUUGGAAUUGGCAAAAUAGACCUGGGUCACAAAGACACCUGGAUUACUGCAACCAAAGCUAACCUCCAGGUGCCAGUUAAAGGCCAAAACCAUUCUGGGAAUUUUUAUGUUUGGGCAUCGCGUCGCUCAGCCACUUCUGAAUGGACUGUUGAUAGACUAGAGAUGUCCAUUGAUGACCAGCCUGGCAAGAGAAUUAUUGUCCAUCAGGCAGCAGCUAAUGAAGGAGAAUCUACUUCAACGUGUCAAGAUUUGCAAGAGUCAAGUUCUUAACAUUUAUUUUUACAUUCAGGUUAAAUUAUUUUUUCUCAUUGAACUUUCAUAUGUAUCUUAGUUCAUCUAAAGGGAGCUUCAUCAACCACAAUGUCUGAAGAGCAGUGCAGCCAGAAACAAAUUGGUGUUCCUCAGAUUUUGGAAAAGAGUAACACAUGUGAAGAAAAAGACAAGGAAAUAAUUUGCAGUGAAGAUGUUCCUCAAAGCUUGAGUCAUAGUGAAAUGAAGGAAGUAUUCAGAAAAGCGUUAUCAAAGCUGUUUAACUCGGAUCCUAUAUUGAAUGAUCUUCACCCAGAUACUACUUUUCAAGAGGUGUCAGGAAUGCUGGAAGUGGAGGCAGGCAGGAGCAUGAUGCUCGAGGUAGAACGCGACGAUGGACGCAUGUAUCGUCUGCGCGUUCCUCGCGAUGCCAAAGUGCAUCAACUCAAAGCUGCCCUACGCACACACGUCACUCAAAUGCUUCACCGAGAAGGUAGUCGUCGAUGCGUGAGUUGGCGCAGCGUGUGGCGCAGACAUUGGCUAGUGCACGCCGCGACGGGCACGAAGCUUGACGAUCACAACGCUAGUCUUGCCGGUCUUGGUAUCCGGCAUAAAGACAAGAUCGUCUUUGUCAAGAGGAACAAUAGAAGCGUCUGAAAAUUCAGCCUAGUGGUUAUUAUCUUCAAGUUAAUCGCGUGAAUUCAAUUUAGUUGUAAAUAGGCAUCAUUUAAUUUGUAUUCUGUAGCUGCAAAGAAACUUUAUGAAGAAUGUUUUUUAAUGAACUGGGAAAUCAUUUUCAAGAAUCAUUAAAAUAAUAUUGAAAAAAAGGUAAUGGACGCUAAGUAAAUCUUUAAUAUUUAGCGCAACUCUUGAAUAUAUUGGUCGAGAAGUAUCUCCAGAUUGAUUGAAGUGUGAAGUGUAAAAUAGUUCGUCUUGUACAAUUUUAUUAAAAAACGUACAUGGUUGUUUUGAAAGA